AAAAUUAAUCUGACUUCACUCUGACUCUGUGGCUCUUUGAGGCAGGGACUCUGUGGGGAGGAAGAUCUUUGAGGCUGAGAAAGAAACGUUCUUAGAAUAUCUUGGGAUCGAUGCUCAGCCCAGCAUCUGGAAUGGAAGGACGGGAAAAAGCAAAAAAACACUUUGCUUGUGAAGGGACGGGAUCCACAAGCGCGUGGCGCCGCAGUUUGGCUUGUGGGUAUGCGAAGUAUAUCUCAACGUAUACAUACUUGCACAUGUCGGCAAUGCUCCUUUUACUCUGUGAGCUUGUGUUGGGGAAGCUGAUAGCCAAUCUAUCGGAGAUGCAAACUAUCAAGGUUGCAAGAGCGAGACCAGAACUUAUUACGAGGAGGGACUUCAGACAUGCCCAGCACAAAUGUGCUCGUUCUCUUUUGGCGGCCUUCAUUUCACCGUCAUUGACGUCAAAUUGUUAUAAGAGGAUAAUAUUGCGAAGUUUUCGAAGCCAAGGCGCAGCGUCGAAAGCUGUCCACGAUAUGUGCUCUCAAGUCAGAGACGUUGUUUGUUCACUAACCUCACCCAGGCGUUUCAUGGUUGAUAAUUGUUUGGCACUUACACUUCGUUUCCUUUCUUUUCUCUUGUUUUUGCUUUUUCUAUCGAUCUCCCGUCUUGCCCGCCUCCAGAAACCGAUGUCGAUGAGGGGAGCCCUGCUAGCUUGACCACUUUUAUCGGCCCGUGGUCGCCCACAUCCAGAACGAGCAGGCAUUGACACACACAUCGUCAUCCCAAGAGAGAAGGACGUGAGAGGCGAGGAAACCUUAGAAAAAUUGGAGUUGGAUGGUCGAACCAACAUUCAGAUUGCAUCGUCAACCGCGGCGAGACUGAUAUGCAGCCCACCCACCCUCUGCAAGGAUGCCUUGUUUG